CUUCAGGUAGAUUGCCUGGACCUUCAGAACUGUCUCACCAGCCGCACCAUCAUAACAAGAGGAGAGACCGUCUCCACUCCUCUCAACAUGGUCCAAGCGCUUGAUGUCCGAGAUGCUUUUGUGAAGGGUAUCUAUGGGCGACUCUUUGUCUGGAUAGUCGAGAAGAUCAACGCUGCCAUUUACAAACCUCCGUCGCGGGAACCCAAGACCGUGCGCAGAUCCAUCGGCCUACUGGAUAUCUUUGGGUUUGAGAACUUCCACGCCAACAGCUUUGAGCAGCUGUGCAUCAACUUUGCCAACGAGAACCUGCAGCAGUUCUUUGUACGCCACGUGUUCAAGCUGGAGCAGGAGGAGUACAACCUGGAGAACAUCAACUGGCAGCACAUCGAGUUCACCGACAACCAGGAUGCCCUGGACAUGAUUGCCCUCAAGCCCAUGAAUAUCAUCUCACUCAUCGAUGAGGAGAGCAAAUUCCCCAAGGGUUGA